AUCGCCAGCGUUUGAGGUCAGGCAGAGACAUACAUGAACAGGAGUGGGUCAGAAUUCAUAUCCACAUCAAGUCCAAGAAGGUUGACCUCGAGCCAAACACAGUCCAGCUCGAGGUCGGCGUUCGCGAUGUACCUGAACCAGCGGGCUUAGCUGUUAGAGCUUCACUCACCAGUCAAGCAAGAAGUCACUCAACCCGACCGACCUUGAACGAGCUUGAGGUUGACUUCCCCUCGACUACGCAGAUCGACCUCGAGCCGAAAACCAUUCAGCUCGAGGUCGACAUCAAGGAUGCACGCAACAUGGACAAGACUCACCAGAAGCCUAGUCAACCGCGCCACCAGGUCGUUUUGCACGAGGUCAAGUGCAAGUCAAUUGAUCGUCAAGGCUCAACUAAAAACAGCAGCAAAACAUUCAAUCAGAAAUUGUAUUGUCUCAUGAACAACCAGGAUAGGUCAUUUCUUAACGCGGUCCAGAGAUUCGUAUGA